UCGUCCAUAUAAGUGAAUGCAUCAAAAGCACUAAACAGACUCAUUUUGCCCAUGUCAUAGUGGCAUGUUUGGUAUACUUCAAAAAUUGGGACAAUGUCGAGAAAAUCUGAAAAUAGUGCAGCUGGCAGUGCUGGAGAUGUAGAGUUACUUUCUUCACUUGAAAGUAGCCCCAGGAAAUUAGCAGAUCUCGGGACCACAGGACCUUUCGGAGACUUUUCUACCGAUUAUUCAAGCUGCUUUAUUCUAAAGGUCAAUAAUGAAUGGUUGUCAACAGAAGAAGAACAUGAUGACGAAGAAAGUGGUGCACUUAGAAAGGAAUACCUGCUUAGACUGAAACUGAUCAGAGAGAAACUAGCGGGUAUUGAUAUAGCAAACAAGAAUUACUACAAUAACUGUUUCGGAUAUCCACCGCACGAUACAACCCAAUGUCGAAUAACUGAAAUAUUUGACAAUGACGAAAACACCAAGCCAAGCCCUAAUCGAUAUGGAAGCAGUGGAAAAUCUAAUGAAAAAUCUGUUUCUGUUGAAAACGUCACAUAUGAAAACGAAUCGUUAAAAAUUCCAAAAGAAAACUCCAUUUUGGCUGCUGAUGGCAACCAUUUAUUCCAAAAUGGCUUUCCAAAUUUUAAAUCUAAAACCAUGACAAACCUGGACCAGGAUUCAGAAAACAACUUUCAAAUAGAUAUUGGGGUCAGUAUGCCACCCCAUAUAACGGACACGCUCAAAGGAUCAGAAUUAGAUAUAAAAUCAAUAUUUAGCUAUGACUGUUUAAUGAAACAUGAUCAAUGUUCAGCGACUGAAUUAUUGGACUUAAACUAUAAUCCCCCGAAGAAAAGACCGUGCGUAAGGGAAAGCACUCCGAAAUUAGUGCUUUCCGAAGGAACCAUUCCAUUGCCAUAUCAUAUUAGAGUAAGUUUGCAUGAAGACAUAUCGAAGGCAGUUAAACAAGCAUCGAAUGAAUGUAACCUACAUAAAAGAAUACAAGGGAUGAUUGAUCACAGCGUUGAAAAAGUUAAAGAGGAGGAAGCAAUGAGAAACGAGGAAAAUUUAACUGAAAACUCGAAGAUAAACGUAAUACCCCCAAAGAGUACGAACGAGUCGACUGAAGAAUUCACUGAAAACUUGCCGCAAAACGGUGUACAAAAGAGAUCCAAGAAAUCGACUGGUAAUGACAAUACGUACGUUCUACUUCUGGAUACAUUGACCCAAUCCUCGUCAGCCAGCCCAAAAAGUAACGUAACUUUAAUGACUGGGACAACUGCUACAGUAGAAAGUCUCUCACGUCUGCGCAAAAAGAGAAGAAUAUUUUUGCGAACUGCUAGAAAUAAGGUGAAACCUAUUGACAGUCUCAGUCUUUGGGAAGAAAUUAGAACCAUGGAAGCUGUUAGUAAACGCAAGCCUUUGGAGAGUGCCAGUUCCAAAGAAACUUUGUUCGGGGCCAUUUUGCUUGAUAAAGUGGUUGAAGAUGAGGAAAUAAAUGCGAACUGUCUUGGCGGUUUAGAUGUUCCCCGUAAAUCCAGUUUAACAUUUAAAAGCCCUAUUAGAUUCCCAUCUAUUACAAAGAUUACCAAGUUUUGCUCUUCGGCUUUCGGGAGAAAAUCUGAAAAUGUAGUGGAAAAUAAUACGAAACGUGCUGAAGUACAAAAAGACGAUGUUAGGCAACUCAGUGCUCAAAAAGUAGCAAAUACGUUGCUUCAUCUGAAACAGGAACAAAAUAUGAAUUUAGAAAAUGAUGCCGGCACCCCGCCCCAUGAAAUCCACUUGGAAUUUGAUUACACUAACUCAGAGGAAGAUAUUGAUACGUAUUAUCAGCCAUUUUGCCUAUUUUGCUUCUGUUUCUAAGAUUGCGAUUUAUUUUCGUUGAGAAUAUAUUUUACCUAUUCUAUCAAGCAA